AUGCCCGUGAGCACCAGCAACCACUCGCUGUUACCUAUUGCAUCGCCAUCUCGUUGGCUGCCGUCACGAAGUACCUCCGCAGCCUCGGUCAGUUUCCUGGCCACAAGCUUCGACACCCCAGUUGCGAUAACGCCUACACCUCGCCAGACCGCUCCGACCGCCCAUCUGGAGGAGCACCCGUCUGACUUCGGUCUGCUGCGUGCUGUUCGCCACAGCACCAAGGUCGACGGCCGGGCUGCCAGCGGGGAGACCAUGCCUAAGCCGCUAGGCAGCGACAAGCCGGAGUGGCUGUAA